UUCUAAACGCCUGACCCUAUCAGAGGAGAGAUGAGGCACCUAGAUGUUGGUUUACCAUGUGUAGCGUCCACUUCAACCACUCCCUUGCUGCCAUGAGCGGAAACGACAUGAUGGCGCACUCUCUGACUCUGGAGCAGAAGACAGCAUUUGCCUUUGUGGGGAUGCUACUGGUGUUCCUGGGGCUGCUGAUAGUAAGGUGUUUCAGGAUCCUGCUGGACCCCUACAGCAGCAUGCCUUCCUCCAACUGGGCUGAUGGCAUCGAGGGGCUGGAGAAAGGGACGUUUGAGUACGCCCUUACUUAACACAGGGACACAGAACUGCCUAUAGACACACAUAUGCAUACACACAGACACAAAUACACUUACACACAUGCAAACACACAGAAGCCACAGCCCUGCACAACCAUUGCACCUGACACUGACACGCCAUUAAGACAUCACUCUGUGACAGACCGAACCAAGAGACUGAAGCUGUGUAUGUUGUUCAAUGUGUGUGCGCUGUUAGUUCAGAGCCAGUGUGGAGUCUCUCUACUGUAUGUGACUACAUGUCUGUCGUCGUGUGUAUCUUGAGUGAGUGUGAGGCAGAUGCUGUGUCAUAUUCUUUGCCCUUCUGCCAGGGGGGCAUUUCAGCUCAUCGAUUUACAUGGAAAUGGCUGAAGCUCCGCUUUA